UGGGCUGGAGGGACAGAUCGUGGCUCUGAAUGAAAGGAGUCUGUGCAUAAGAGGAACUUUAGGUGGAUAUUCGAGAAGGAUUGGAAUUGGAACGACAUUGUCCCCAGAUUGGUUUGACGAUGGCUACUGCUCAGUAUGUUAACCGACUCUUCAGUGAAGUGACCUGCUCCAUCUGCCUGGAUUUCUUCCAGGAGCCGGUGGCACUGGAGUGUGAACACAAUUUCUGUCGGCUCUGUAUCUCCAGGAGCUGGGAGCAGGGCAGUGCUUUCUACUCCUGCCCCGAGUGCAGGGAGGAGUUCCGGGAGAAGAAGCUGAAGCCGAACCGCAUGCUGGCUAACAUCGUGGAGGGGGUGAGGGAACUAAAACUGCAGCCUCGCCAGGGCCACCCUGCCUUCUACUGCCAGCGGCAUGAAGAGCGCCGCAAGCUCUUCUGCCUGGACUGCCAGGGGGCCAUUUGCGUGGUGUGUUCCUGUGCCAAAGAGCACCGGGGCCAUAGCUUCAUCCCUGUCGAAGAGGCUGCCAUUCUCUACAAGGGGAAAUUGGAACGAGCCAUUGACUUCCUCCAGUCCCAGAAGGAGCAGGCCUGCCAAAGCCAAAGCCGAGAAGAGGCAAAGAUUUGUCAAAUAAAGGAACAAGGCAAACUGCUGAAGGAACAGGCUGAGGCCGAACUGGUCACCAUCUAUCAAUUUCUAGAUGCAAAGAAGCAGGAACUGGAGUCGAAGAUUGAGCAGGAAAUGUGCCAGACCAUUGAGCCCUUGCAGGAAAACUUGGAAAAGAUCCGCCAAGAAACCUCCACGAUUGAGCAAGCCAUCCUGGAUCUGCGGGUGCAGCUGAGCUUCACGGAGCCUCUGGAGCUGCUUCAGGAUAUCAAACUGCUCCUGGAAAGGUGUAAACAGGAGCAUAUCAAACCAGCGGAUGUUCCCACUGAGCUGUGUACCGACUCCAUCAUUACGCCUUUCCGUUACGUUAAAAUCUGGGAUGAGCUUAAAGCGUUUGUACCAGCCAGGGAAUUUCUGAAACUGGAUCCUAAGACAGCGCAUCCACGACUCAUCCUGUCCGAGGACCUCGUCAGUGUGAUUGAUGGCGAAAAGCGUCGGGAUUGCUCGCUCAUGUCCCAUCGCUUCAACCACUGGCUCUGCGUCCUGGCCAGCAGCGGCUUCCUGUCGGGCCGACACUACUGGGAUGUGGAGCUGGGCAACAAUACCGCAUGUGUCAUCGGGGUGGCCAGCGGAUCUGCCGACCGGCUGAUAACCAAACAGCUCACACCAAAGGACGGGUACUGGGUGAUCGAGAUGCUCAACGGGAACCUGGUCAACGUCAACGCACCCGGUGCCAGGACCCUCCCUCUUCACCGCAAGCCCCGCACCAUCCGUGUCUACCUGAAUUACGAGGAGGGACAGCUGUCCUUCUAUGAUGCCCACGACCUGUGCCCUAUCUACACCAUGCAUGAUAAGUUCACGGAAAAGCUGUAUCCCCUCUUCAACCCUCACAACAAGAAGGAAGGGAAUUCAGAGCCACUUUGUCUACAUAAUCCCACGGGAUGCUAAGAUUAAUUUUACCCAGGCAGGGGUGGGGUGGGGGUUUAGAAAUUGUGAUGGUCCUUCUUAAAGGGGAAGCCUGUUGAAUUCUAACACUACGCUAAGGUAAAUAAAUGAACCCCUCCCAGCAGUUCUGUUGAAGGGUCAUGAGGACUCGAAACGUCAACUCUUUUCUUCUCCGCCGAUGCUGCCAGACCUGCUGAGUUUUUCCAGGUAAUUCUGUUUUUGUUUUGGACUUCCAGCAUCCGCAUUUUUAUGUUUUUAUAUAUUUUUUCCCCCUCAGUACUUUUCUGCUGUCUUUUGUUGCCAGGCAUUGAGCUUUAAAGGUGCUGGUUAGAAUGAGUUGGACCCUGAUGCACUGGCCGGGAAUUAUCACUGGCGCUCCUGGUUCCCGUGAGGAACAAUCACAUUAGUCAAAGCUGCACUCCCCAUCUCUUACCUUACCAACAUUAAACGUAAAGGUUGUAAUACCACAGGCUGGGGCAGGAGGAGGAGGUGGUGCCAAAUUCUAGGAGCAGAGAGAGAUGGGAAAUCACAGCCACUACAUACUACAAGGGUUUUACAAAACUGGUUCCCUUAGGCUGAGGGCAGACGUGGAUUGAGAGAUCCACAAAUCACAGUACAAGAUCUGAAUUGCUUUGUGCAUGUGGAGUCCAGAAAUGGUGCCAUUCUCCUGGCACUUAGACUCAUAGACAUCUACAGCGCAGAAGGAGGCCAUUUGGCCCAUCAUGUCCAUGCCAGUCAACAAAGAUCUGACUACACUAAUCCCAAUU